AUGGCCGAUAUCCAGGCCCCAGCCGUGACCGCGACCGCCUCCCCCACGGUGCCGCCCAGUGAUCAACCGGACGAUGCGAAUCUGCGGCCUGCUGGUCCGGGACUGGCAAGCACCCGGAGCUUGCCCUCGCCGCAGAUUGCUAUACACGAGGACGCCGCCGAAAGCAAUCAGCAGCGCCCGUCCAUGCUCUCUCACAUAUCGGCCCCGGCUGCUCAGCAGUUCCACAGCCCCAUGCGACAGCACAAGAGGACGCCGUCUCAGCAUCGUGAAGUCAAGGAAACCCUCAACGCCAGAUCCGAGUACACCAGCGACGACGCCGACGGCACGAAACUCAGGAUAAAUCAAUAUGUCAUCAGAGAAGAGAUUGGCAGAGGAUCGUAUGGUGCCGUGCACAUUGCGACUGACCAGUUUGGCAAUGAAUAUGCGAUCAAAGAGUUUUCCAAGACUCGUCUGCGCAAACGGGCGCAAUCCAACAUCUUGAGGCGUCCUCAAGGCGAAAGACCAGGUCGUUUUCCCCCUGGGCGCGGCCUGCGUUCUCCUUGGGCGCAGCACCAGCGCCAGCUCAGUAACCAGGAUGCCGCCGAGGCCAAGGACUCCCUUUUCCUCAUCCGUGAGGAGAUCGCCAUCAUGAAGAAGCUGAACCACCCGAAUCUGGUGUCGCUGAUCGAGGUUCUGGACGACCCCGAGGAGGACUCCCUCUGGAUGGUGUUGGAGAUGUGCAAAAAGGGGGUUGUCAUGAACGUGGGGCUCGAGGACCACGCCAACCCCUAUCCUGACGAGCAGUGUCGAUAUUGGUUUCGUGACUUGAUUCUGGGAAUUGAAUACUUGCACGCGCAGGGCAUCAUACAUCGGGAUAUCAAGCCGGAUAACCUGCUGCUCACUGAAGAUGACUGCUUGAAGAUCGUGGAUUUUGGCGUUUCCGAGAUGUUUGAGAAGCCAGAUCAGAUGAUGACGGCCAAGUCUGCAGGCUCGCCGGCAUUUUUACCCCCAGAAUUGUGCAUGGCCAGGCACGGCGACAUAAACGGAAAGUCGGCAGACAUAUGGUCCAUGGGGGUUUCUCUGUACUGUCUCAAAUACGGAAAGCUACCAUUUCACCGGAACAACGUCCUCGAGAUGUACGAGUCGAUUCGCACCGACGAACUCCCCAUACUCCCAGAGGAGGACCCUAAUUUCGUCGAUCUCAUCACACGCGUGCUUGACAAGGACCCGAAUACUCGGAUAAGCAUGCAUGAUCUCAGGAACCAUCCGUGGGUGACUAAAGGAGGUGACGACCCUCUGCUGUCUGAGGAGAGUAACUGCUCUCAGCUCGUUGAACCACCGAAUGAGCUUGAGGUGAACCAUGCUUUUACGCGAAAGAUGGAUCACAUCAUGACAGUGAUGAAAGCAAUCAACAAGUUCAAGGGGUUGGUCUUCAAGAGCCGUUCCAGCACCCCCAGGUUGACAUCGCCACGAACCCCCAAGACCUUGGAGAUCCCAGACCAUGUUUCUGAGACCUCCAGAGACACCUCACCAGCUGUCACUACUGAACCACCCGCAUUCGAUGGUCGGCCACGCCACAAGUCGAUCGCCGAAGAGGCUGCUGAGCUGGUUGAAGCCAGGAAGGCCUACCUCGCGUCUUCCGACAAGCUUGGCCGCCAGACGACAGCGGAUGGGGAAAAUGACGCCGAAGAGUCAUCGGAUGCCAGUUCACAUUUCUUGGGCAUCGGAGUCGGCGGUCGCGAUGACUUCGGCACACCGAAGGUUCCUACAGCCGUAGUCUCUGAUUCCCCAACCGGCAUCGACUUCAACAUAUAUGACCGUGCCUUUGAGGCUGAGAUGUCGCGCAUCCGUUCCGAGAAGCACAGCCACCGAAAGACGACCUAUCUUACCAAGUUUGUAAACGAGAAGGAGAAGUACUUUGGCGAUGAGUGCAUGAUACUGGAGGCAGGGCGUAGCCUGCCAUCUCUGGCCUCCUCUAGUGUGAACAAGGCUGGCUCCGCAGCGGCAAAGACUCUGGAGCACGUGGGCUUCCCGCACCGAGACCCUGUCGACGGUGAGGAGAACGAGAGUUCGCGGAUGCAGCAAAUGAGAGAGGCGGUCGACGCCAAGAGAACCCAAAGUUACGAAUCUAUCGAGACCAUCAAGGAGAAGGGGCAAAAAUUCGCGGAAUUGGUUAUGGGCACCAUGCAAAGUGCCAAAACCAAGGCCACUGGGGCGUCAAAAGAAUCGGAGUGA